CAUGCUUUUGGCGGGAAAUCGUUACUUUCCCGCCAUUUCUGUGGUGAAGAGCCAUAUAGCAUAGGACAAAACCCUAACCGCCCAUUCGCUCGGCUUCUCUAUCAAAUCCCUCUCAUCAGCGCAAAUCUCAGAGAUCUAAAUGGAGGCUUUCGGAGGAGGGUUCUUGGUGGAUGAGAAAGCUGUACGAGUUGAGAACAUUUUCUUAGAGUUUCUCAAGAGCUUUAGGUUGGAUCCCUCGGGGGAAUUGUUUUAUGAAUCAGAGAUCGAAGCCAUGAAAUCAAACGAGUCAACCACCAUGUUCAUAGACUUCUCUCAUGUCAUGCGCUACAACGAUCUUCUUCAGAAGGCCAUUUCUGAUGAGUAUUUGAGGUUGGAGCCGUAUCUGAAGAAUGCAUGCAAGAGAUAUGUGAUGGAACAGAAGCCAACAUUCAUUGCUGAUGAUAACCCUAACAAGGAUAUCAAUGUUGCCUUCUUCAACAUCCCUCUGUUAAAGAGGUUGAGGGAUUUAACUACUGCAGAAGUUGGGAAGUUAGUAUCAAUUACAGGAGUAGUCACUCGCACAAGUGAGGUUCGACCAGAGCUUCUCCAAGGGACUUUCAAGUGCUUGGAAUGUGGAAGUGUCAUAAAGAAUGUUGAACAACAAUUUAAAUACACUGAGCCAGUGAUAUGUAUGAAUGCGACAUGUGCAAAUAGAACAAAAUGGGCAUUGGUUCGACAAGAGAGCAAAUUUGCAGAUUGGCAGAGGGUAAGAAUGCAGGAAACUUCCAAAGAGAUACCUGCAGGCUCCCUUCCAAGAUCAUUGGAUGUUAUUCUCCGCCACGAGAUUGUUGAACAGGCUAGAGCUGGUGACACGGUCAUUUUCACGGGAACAGUGGUUGUGAUACCUGACAUUUCAGCAUUGGCCUCUCCUGGUGAGAGAGCGGAAUGCCGCCGAGAUGCACCUCAGCGCAAAAAUUCUGCUGUAGGACAUGAUGGUGUACGAGGUCUUCGGGCAUUAGGAGUGAGAGACCUUUCCUAUCGCCUUGCUUUCAUUGCCAAUUCAGUACAGAUCUCUGAUGGCAGAAGGGAAGCCGACAUCAGGAAUAGAAAGAAGGAUGCUGAUGAAGAUGACAACCAGCAAUUCAUGCAAGAAGAGCUGGAUGAAAUCCAAAGGAUGAGGAAUACUCCUGAUUUCUUCAAUAAGCUUGUUGACAGUAUUGCCCCUACUGUUUUCGGUCACCAAGAUAUCAAGCGAGCAAUCUUGCUUAUGCUUUUGGGUGGUGUCCACAAGUGUACUCAUGAAGGCAUCAACUUGAGAGGAGACAUCAAUGUUUGUAUUGUUGGAGAUCCCAGCUGUGCAAAAUCCCAAUUUCUCAAGUAUACUUCUGGUCUAGUUCCAAGGUCUGUCUACACAUCUGGGAAAUCAUCUUCUGCAGCUGGGUUGACUGCAACUGUGGCUAAAGAACCAGAAACUGGGGAAUUCUGUAUUGAGGCUGGUGCACUAAUGCUUGCUGAUAAUGGCGUAUGUUGCAUAGAUGAAUUUGACAAGAUGGACAUCAGAGAUCAGGUUGCAAUUCAUGAAGCCAUGGAACAGCAGACAAUAAGCAUUACAAAAGCAGGAAUACAAGCUACACUAAAUGCUCGAACAUCAAUUUUAGCUGCGGCCAAUCCCACAGGGGGGCGGUAUGAUAAGUCUAAACCACUGAAGUAUAAUGUGGCUCUUCCUCCAGCUAUUCUUUCAAGAUUUGAUCUUGUAUAUGUUAUGAUCGAUGACCCAGAUGAUCAGAUAGAUUACCAUAUUGCCCACCACAUUGUGAGAGUUCAUCAGAAGCAUGAAGACGCACUUUCUCCUGCAUUCACGACUGCACAACUGAAGCGAUACUUUGCAUAUGCAAAGACUCUUAAACCAAAGUUAAGCUCAGAAGCCAGAAAAUUAUUGGUGGAUUCUUAUGUUGCUCUUCGUAGAGGUGAUACAACACCUGGAAGCAGAGUUGCUUAUCGCAUGACGGUUAGGCAGCUGGAGGCAUUGAUCAGACUUUCAGAGGCCAUAGCUAGAAGUCAUUUGGAAACUCAGGUGCAACCUCGCCAUGUUCGUGUUGCAGUGAGAUUGCUGAAGACAUCAAUAAUAAGUGUGGAGUCAAGUGAGAUCGAUCUUUCUGAGUUUCAAGUGGAAAAUGGUGAGGGUGGUGAUGAUGGCCAUGGUGGUGAUGGUGGGAAUGAUGGUCCGGCCCAGCCAAGUACAGCUACAGCUGAGCCAACUUCUGGGAAUGCAGAAAGUGGAUCAGGCUCUGGAAACCAACAAGGGAAGAAACUUGUGAUAAGUGAUGAAUAUUUUCAGAGGGUCACCCAGGCUCUUGUCAUGCGCCUAAGACAACAUGAAGAAUCUGUAAUGCAAGAUGGGACAGGGCUGGCUGGAAUGAGGCAGAGAGACUUGAUCCAAUGGUAUGUGGGCCAGCAGAAUGAGAAAAACAACUACAGUUCCAUGGAGGAGGCAGCAAAUGAAGUUUCAAAACUAAAAGCUAUUAUAGAGAGUUUGAUACGAAGGGAAGGUCAUUUGAUUGUUGUAGAUGAUGGUAGGCAAGCAGCAGCAGAAGGUGAAGAUGGUAGGCCCCCAUCAGUUUCUAGAAAUGACAGGAUUCUGGCUGUAGCCCCAAAUUAUGUCAUUGACUGAUCUGGUAUGCUUUAACACUAAGAAACCUCAAUACUCAUCCAUGGGUCAGAAGUUCUAUGUAUAUUGGAUGUGACUUAGUCCAUCUUUUCAGCGGCAAGUUGGCUCUAUGCUUGAGGCUGAAAUUCCUGGUGAUCCAAGUGUUUCCAAAGAGAAUGCCCAUUAUAGCUGAAAGUUUAGCAGUAUCAAUUGUGAAACACUUUUCUUGUGAACAAAGAGUUCAACUGUAGCAGUGAAUGACUUGUUAAUUUUGAAUUUGUAUUUUGAUUCAAGAUGCUAGUGUUUAGGUUAGCCUCUGUACUGAGGAUACGGUAUAAUAUAUUGUUGUAAAUUCUCUGAUUGGUGCUUUAAGAAAUUCAUUUUGCA